UUACAACAUAUCUAUAUAUACACACACACAACUCUCUCUCUGUCUCUCUUUCUCUGCUCCUUAUCAGGUUUAUCUGGGUUCUGCUAGAGACCCCAAAACAGAGAGAGAGGGAACAAAACCAACAUGGAGCUCAGCUUAGAUUCCAACAGGGUCUUCGUCCCCAAGACCAUCUCCGAGUUUCUGUCACAAGUCUCGGCCGUUAAAGACGGCGCUCAGAGGUCGUUGAAGCUUGAAGAGUAUGUGAAAAGACUCGAAGAUGAAAUGAGGAAGAUCGAGGUUUUCAAGAGGGAGCUUCCUCUGUGUAUGGUUAUAUUGAAAGAUGCGAUUGAGAGAUUGAAAGAGGAAGUAAUGCAGUGCGGGAAAGUGGAAGAUCGGGCGGUGAUUGAAGAGUUCAUACCGUUGAAGAAGAAGGAUGAGAAUGAAGGGGUAGUUUCGGAAAAGGAGAAUAGUGACAUGAAGAGCUGGAUGAGCUCUGCUCAGCUCUGGAGCACUAAUAUCAACGUUGAUUACAGCAAUUCAGGACUCAAAAUGAGAAAUGAGGAUGAUGAUCGGUCUGUGCCUGAGAACCCAAUUGAGAUAAGUAAUAAGAGAAGCAGGGGAGGGGCGUUUGUGCCAUUCAAGGGAAAUUAUGAGUCUGGUUUUGCGAGGACUUGUGUGAAGGAAGACAAGGAGGUUUCACAGGUGCCAAGCCUUUCUCUGAUGACUCCAACGUCUGAACUUGGUGGCUUUAAUAAUGCAAACUCUAAGAGCAGCACUAGAGGAGGUUCUGGUCCAUCUUUGGCGAAGUUACAGAUUGAGCAUCAGCAGCAGCAACAAUGUUUUAGGAAACAAAGGCGAUGCUGGUCACCGGAGCUUCAUCGCCGAUUUGUUGAUGCACUUCAACAGCUUGGGGGAUCACAAGUAGCUACUCCUAAACAGAUUAGAGAGCUUAUGCAGGUAGAUGGUCUCACCAAUGAUGAAGUGAAAAGCCAUUUGCAGAAAUACAGACUUCACGUCCGAAAGGUACCAGCUUCUUCUGCUGGUGAAGCCAGUGGUUUAUGGAUGAACCAAGAUCACUGUGGAGACCAUUCAAAGGCAAAUACUUCACAGUCUGGUUCUCCACAGGGUCCCCUCCUUGGUAUGGAGUUUGCCAAAGGUGGUCAAUCUACAACCGGAGGCAACAGCACAGAAACAGAAGAAGAUGAUCAGAAUUCAGACGGCCACAGUUGGAAAGGGGCACGCCACAACUCCGGCGGAGAUGUAGAGUCUUGUACUAAUCCCCUGUGAAUUUUGCAAAUACCAAUAUACGUGGGGAUAUAGCAUAUUCUCUGAUCUGAUGAGCAUAGUUAUAAUAAGCGGUGUUUUAACAAAGAGAGAGGGACUUGAAGCAGAAGGUUUUUGGAGGAAGCACUAGCUACUUAAAUUAGAGAGAGGUGACAAGAAUUAGCCAUUGUUAUGCAAAAGUUUCUUCCCUCUGCUUCUUUUAUACAGGUUUAUGUAAUGACCACUUAUAACCUAUUGAUUGUAGGAAGUAACAUGACUGUUUCCCAACUUAAUAAUCACUUUAAUUGAUUCUUGUGGUUUAACUUCUCUGAUA